AUGACAGACAUUGGCGAGCUGACUGUGCUCCCGAGCAACUUUGCACGCGAGCUACGGGCUGAUCCUCGACUGGACUUUGCAGCAGUCAUCAACCGGACCUUCCACGCGAAAUUUCCAGGUUUUGAAGGUUUUCGAGAGGGGACGCCAGACGCGCAUCGCAUCAGAGAUGUUGUGAGGAGACAUCUGACCAACUGCCCAGCAAUGCUUCUACGCAUGUGGCCAGAAUCCCUCCGACCUUUUGUUCAUUGGGUUUUGCCACAGUGUCUCACACUUGGGAAGCAAGUCGCCAAUGCACGACAAAUAGUCGCCGGCAUCAUCGACAAACGACGACAAGAAAAGGCGACCGCGGAGACUGAAGGUCGCUCUCAACCCGUGUAUAACGAUGUCAUUGAGUGGUUUGCACAGGACGAGAAAGAAGAUGAUAGCAAUUACGACCCAGUGGUCGGACAGCUCAUCCUGAUGCAAGCAGCGAUUCACACCACAACCGAUCUCCUCACAAAAACCGUGUUGGACAUAGCCUUGAAUCCAGACAUCACCGAUGCUUUACGAAGGGAGGUAGCCGAGUCGGUACGUCAAUAUGGCUGGUCAAAGUCUUCACUCGCCAGAAUGCGUCUCGUUGACGCCGCUGUCAAAGAAAGCCAACGGCUCAAGCCAAUGGCCCGCACCUCUAUGCAUCGCCUCGUGUUAGACGAUGUGCAGCUUUCGGACGGAACUCUUAUCCCUAAAGAUGCCAUCAUCGGUGUUUCAGUGGACCAGAUGUGGAGCGACAGUCACUACGAGAAUCCGGCCGUCUGGAACCCGCAUCGUUUCUAUCAAAUAGGCGAGGCAGGGGGCAGCAAGGACGUGAGCCUCACGAAUUCGAGCCCCGAACACUUGGCAUGGGGGUAUGGCAAGCACGCCUGCGCAGGGCGGUUCUUUGUCGCACAAGAGGCCAAGGUGGCCCUGAGUCAUUUCCUGCUACAUUACGAGUGGAAGAUUGCACCGUCGUCCCAGAAGACCCAGCCGUUGGAGAUUGGGCUCACACUGGCUGCCGACCCCAUGGCCAAGGUCUUGGUGCGGAAAGUUUCGCGAACUUCCUGAACUUUCACGAUAGGGGAAAGUGGC